GAGGAGGAGGAGGAGAAAAAAGAAGAGGAGGAGGAGAAAGAAGAGCUGAUAUCGCUGGAGCUGCCGAGCGGCCGGUGGCGGCGCUGGAGAGGACGCGAGCCAGCAGCACCAGCGGCCGCCGCCGUCGUGGCGCUAGAGCGAGGAUGAAGCCCGCGGCCGAAGAAGGAGGAGGAGGAGACGGUAAGGCGGCAGGCUUGGCUCCCAUCCCGGCCGCCCCCGCCUCCCGCCCGGCGCCGUCGGAGAAAGUGGUCCACUCGCGUUCCCAGAGCCUUUUCUGCAACGGCACCAAAGCGCUGGGCGACGCCUUGAAGCAGCUGGUGCCCCGCUCGACGGCCUUCAUGAGCUCCGACGCCGAGCUCUGGGACUUCCUCUGCAGCCUCAAGCACGAGUUCUCGCCGGUCAUCCUCCGCAGCAAGGACGUCUACGGUUACGCCUCUUGCAGGGCCGUCGUGCCGGACCUGCCCCGGGGUUGGGGAGCCCAGGAAGGCCGGGCGGGCAGCAGCAGCAGAAGCGGCGGCGGCGGCAGGAGAGGAGGAGCCGCCCCUGCAGCGGCAGCCGCCACCGCCGCCAACAACAAGGGGAAGCGCCCGCCGACCGACGCCAAGAGCCGCCGAGGAGGAGGCGGUGGAAGCGCCAAGCGAGCGGCCAAGAAGCGCAAAGUGGACGGGGCGCCUCCCGAGCUCCGGCCUUGCGACGAGCGGUCAGAGCCGCCCCGACGGCUCCCGGAGGCGCUUCCCGAUCCUCUUGCGAUCCUCUACCCUCCUCCGGUGAAAGUGCGCGGCGACAUCUGGAAGAAGCGCAACUUGGAAGCAGCCCGGCGUCGAGCCCAACGCCUCUUGCGGGUCAACUUGGAACCCGUGGUGAGGUUGCGCCGGAUCCCGGGAUCGACUUGCUGCUGAGGAUCGGCUUAGUCCCCUUCUUCUUCUUCUUCUUGCCCGGGGAAGAAAGAAAGAGAGAGAGAAAAAGAAAGAGAGAAAGAGAAAGAGAGACACCCCAUUCAGACGACCUUAGGAGACACGUGUCCAGCCGCCUGUUUUUUUUUGCAAGUCCUGUUUUGGACUGGUCCUUUUUUUAAAAAAAAAGAAUUGUUAUUAUUUUAAAUACACUGCACUUUAAAAAAAAGAAAAAAAGGGCCAGGACGGGCUGGUCUCCUUCGUGGUUUGCUUGGAGAAAAAAAACAACAACCUGGGAUUCGGGGUCGUCUGGAUGGAGAGGUGGAAAAAGAAGAAAAGAUGCAAACUUUUCUGAAAGUCUCUUUUGGACUUUCGCUUUCUUUCCCGUUGGGCUACCUCACUUUUCUUAAGGAAGCACUGUUAAUUUUCUUCCUUUUUUUUUUUCCUUCCAAAGAACUUGGUUUGCCCAACUGCAAUAAAACCUGGAUUGUUGCUUUUUUUUUUUUUUCCUUUUCCCCUCCUUUUUUUCCUGUGACUGUGAUGAAUUUGACCUUUUGUACUAUAUUGCACUAUAUACUCAGGGUUGUUUGAAUGUGGGAAGGGUUUUCCAGUUUUUUGGGGGGAGGGCGGGUUGGGAUGAUGACGCAUCAGCUUUGACCAAGGACAGAAAACUUUAAAGACUGAUCUCCUAGUGCAAAAUAUUUCAUUACUGUUUCCAAACACACACAGCCUUUUUAUUAUUAUUAUUAUUUUUAUUAUUAUUAUUGUAAUUUGGACUUGAUAAAAGACACCGUUUUUGAUAUGGUCACGUGAUUUUUGUAGCUGAUAAAAAAGUUUUAUAGUUGGAAUCAAUUCCUGUGUAACGGCUUCGAGAGACGCGUGGUAUUAGAUACACACUCAAUUUUAUAUUGAUUUUUUUUUUUUUUGCUUUAGAGAAGCUCCUAUCGACUGAAGUAAAAAAAAACAAUAAAAUAAAAUUUAAAAUUGGAA